AAUUUGUUCCACCAUCUGAAACACAAACACAAACCAGAGUAUGAAGAAAGUCAGAAGAUACACGAGGCAACGGAGGCGAAAACUACAAGUGCACCUAGGGGUAAGAAAAUUCCCACCCAGACGAAAAUUGCCAGCGCAUUUGCUAAUUGCGUCCCUUAUGAUAAGCAAAGUAAACAAUGAAACGAACUGACGGAAGCAGUCGCGUUUUGUUUGACAAAAGAUAUGUCGCCAUUCCAAACGGUCGAAAAAGAAGGAUUCAAGUGAAUGAUCCAUAAGCUGGACCCAAGAUACAACAUCCCCUCAAGGAAGUACUUUUCCAAAAAAGCCCUGCCAGCGAUGUAUGAAGAGUGCCGCGGUAGGGUACAAACAUCACUGUCAAUGGCAGAUUUUUAUGCUUCAACUGCAGACAUGUGGAGUAGCAGAACGACAGAGCCGUACAUUAGCCUUACGGUCCACUACAUAACGAGUGACUGGAGUUUGAACAGCUGUUGCAUCCAGACAAGUUUUUUCCCAGAUGACCACACUGAAAACAUCGCGAGUGGCUUGAAGCAGUUUCUUCAAGAAUGGAAUUUACAUGAGGAGAAACAAGUGUGCCGAACAACAGACAGCGGGGCCAAUAUAGUAAAAGCAGCCACUCUAAACAUGUGGACAAGACUGUUUUGCUUUGGCCAUUGUCUACACAUUGCUAUUGAGAGAAGCAUGAGGGAUACCAGGAUUGACAGACCUGUGGGAGUCUGUAAGAAGAUUGUCAGUGUUUUUUUGCACAGCUGGAAAAAGCAGCGAACACUCAAAGAUGCUCAAGCAGAACUUGGCCUUCCGCCACACAAACUUGUGACUGAAUCACCAACACGAUGGGGAUCAAGGCAGAAAAUGAUUGAGCGGAUACUUGAGCAGGAGAAGGCCAUUACGCAAGUCCUGGCUGCUGACAGGUCAACCAGGCAUCUGGUGCCUACUUGGCAGGAUAUUGAGGUCCUAGACUCUGUCAGUAAAGCACUUGGGCCUCUUCUUGAUUUUACAGAUGCCCUCUCUUCUGAAAACUAUGUCACAGUGUCAUGCCUGAAGCCUACUCUUCACCUAUUCAACAGUGAGCUGCUGCAGGGGAAAGAUGAAGACACAGAUCUCAACAGGAAAAUUAAAAGUUCAAUAUUGGACUACAUGAACACCAAAUAUGGUGACCAAGAGGUUCAGGAACUGAUCAACAUGGCAACAAUUCUUGAUCCACGCUUCCGCACUCAGUAUAUGAGUCAAGAAGAGAUCCUGGUCAUCAAAGCCAGAGUAGUCAGAGAGGUGGAAUCCCUUUCUGCCAUGCCAAGUGAUGCUGGCUCUUCUACCCCUGUAAUGUCAUCUGAAUCAACAAAAGAAGCUCAGAGUGCAUCUAAAAGGCAGAAGAAGAGUCUUGGAAGUUUUUUCAAGAAACCAGCUGCUGAGAUAACCACCACCCUUUCUAAAACAGAGAAAAUUGAGGCUUAAUUAAACAACUAACUGCAUGGGCCACUUGCAGAUGGUGAAAGCAAUCCCCUUGCGUGGUGGAAGGUACAUGAGGUGAAUUUCCCUAACAUCAGUCGUUUGGUGAAAAAGUACUUGUGCGUCCCCGCCACUAGUACACCCUCAGAGAGGGUGUUCAGCGCUGCUGGAAAU